CGGGAGGCCGCGGAGUAGCGAACGCCGCCAUAUUAGGGACCGCGGAGCCGGGGAUCCCGUCAGUGGCGGUGGCGGCCGGGUCUGGCGGAGCUGCGGGGGCCGGAGGCGGGUGCAGCGCAGCGCCGGGAGAGGCGGGGCCAGCGGGAACCAGCGGGCGACGGCAGCGAGCCAGGCUGCCCUGGCCGGGGCCCUGCCCCGCCCUGCCCAGGAUGGACCAAGACUACGAGCGACGGCUGCUGCGCCAGAUCGUCAUCCAGAAUGAGAACACGAUGCCGUGUGUCUCAGAGAUGCGGCGGACCCUGACACCAGCCAACUCCCCAGUGUCCUCCCCCAGCAAGCAUGGGGACCGCUUCAUCCCCUCUCGAGCCGGGGCCAACUGGAGUGUGAACUUCCACAGGAUCAAUGAAAAUGAGAAAUCACCUAGCCAGAACCGGAAAGCCAAGGACGCCACUUCAGACAACGGCAAAGAUGGCCUGGCCUACUCCGCCCUGCUGAAGAAUGAGCUGCUGGGUGCCGGCAUUGAGAAGGUGCAGGACCCACAGACCGAGGACCGCCGGCUGCAGCCCUCCACGCCCGAGAGGAAGGGCCUCUUCACGUAUUCCCUCAGCACCAAGCGCUCAAGCCCCGAUGAUGGCAAUGACGUGUCCCCAUACUCCUUGUCCCCUGUCAGCAACAAGAGUCAGAAGCUGCUGCGCUCCCCACGGAAACCCACACGCAAGAUCUCCAAAAUCCCCUUCAAGGUGCUGGAUGCGCCCGAGCUGCAGGACGACUUCUACCUGAACCUGGUGGACUGGUCAUCCCUCAACGUGCUCAGUGUGGGGCUGGGCACCUGUGUGUACCUGUGGAGCGCAUGCACCAGCCAGGUGACCCGGCUCUGCGACCUCUCUGUGGAAGGGGACUCUGUGACCUCUGUGGGCUGGUCUGAGCGAGGAAACCUGGUAGCUGUUGGCACACACAAGGGCUUUGUGCAGAUCUGGGAUGCGGCUGCGGGGAAGAAGUUGUCCAUGCUGGAAGGUCACACGGCGCGUGUUGGGGCACUGGCCUGGAAUGCUGACCAGCUCUCAUCGGGUAGCCGGGACCGCAUGAUCCUACAGAGGGACAUCCGCACCCCACCCCUGCAGUCGGAGCGGCGGCUUCAGGGCCACCGGCAGGAGGUCUGUGGCCUCAAGUGGUCCACGGACCACCAGCUCCUCGCCUCUGGGGGCAAUGACAACAAGCUGCUGGUCUGGAACCAUUCAAGCCUGAGCCCCGUGCAGCAGUACACAGAGCACCUGGCAGCCGUGAAGGCCAUCGCCUGGUCCCCUCACCAGCACGGCUUGCUGGCAUCGGGCGGCGGCACAGCAGACCGCUGCAUCCGCUUCUGGAACACACUCACUGGCCAGCCGCUGCAGUGCAUCGACACGGGCUCCCAAGUGUGCAACUUGGCCUGGUCCAAGCACGCCAACGAGCUGGUGAGCACACAUGGCUACUCGCAGAACCAGAUCCUCGUGUGGAAAUACCCAUCCCUCACCCAGGUGGCCAAGCUCACUGGGCACUCGUACCGCGUCCUCUACCUGGCAAUGUCCCCUGAUGGGGAGGCCAUUGUCACUGGUGCUGGAGAUGAAACCUUGAGGUUCUGGAACGUCUUCAGCAAAACCCGCUCAACAAAGGAGUCCGUGUCGGUGCUUAAUCUCUUCACCCGGAUCCGGUAGACCCGCCGGGUGGAUAGUGUGCCUCUGUCCAGGGAGACCUGACUGGCCAGCUGGCAUGGACCCUGCUUCCCGCAGUCCCCAGAGGAGGCGGCCGGGCGGGCGGGCACUGGGCCGGAGACCCCUGAAGAGUCUCAUUAAACGCCUCAUUGUGA